UGUGGCUGUGAUCAGUGCGCACAGAGGAGCCACAGCAGAGCGCGCGGGCUACAAUGAUCUUCUCCAUCGCUCCGACUGAGAGCCCGCGACAGAACCGAGCCCAGAACCGCAGUCACGACACCGUCCACGCCCGCAGCGCCAGCACCGAGCCGAACCGACACCAGCCCCGCCCGCCCGCAGCAGGAUGCCCGGGGGAAAGAGAGGGCUCGUGGCACCGCAGAACACUUUCCUGGAGAACAUCGUCCGGAGAUCGAGCGAGACCAGCUUCCUCCUGGGAAACGCCCAGAUCGUAGAGUGGCCUGUAGUUUACAGCAAUGACGGAUUCUGCAAACUGUCGGGCUUCCACCGAGCUGAGGUCAUGCAGAAGAGCAGCACAUGCAGUUUCAUGUACGGAGAACUGACGGACAAGAAGACCAUCGACAAAGUCCGGCAGACGUUUGACAACUACGAGUCCAACUGCUUUGAAAUCCUGCUGUACAGAAAGAACCGAAGUCCAGUGUGGUUCUACAUGCAAGUGGCUCCCAUCAGGAACGAGAACGACAAGGUGGUUCUGUUCCUCUGCACGUUCAAGGACAUCACGCUCUUCAAACAGCCCAUUGAAGACGAGACGACCAAAGGAUGGACCAAGUUUGCCCGUCUGACGCGAGCGCUCACCAACAACCGCAACACGCUGCAGCAGCUGGCGCCCAUCGGCAAACACGAAGUCAGCCACAAGCAGUCGAGACUCGCAGAGGUUUUGCAGUUGAACUCCGACAUUCUGCCUCAGUACAAGCAGGAGGCGCCGAAGACGCCGCCUCACAUCAUCCUCCACUACUGCACCUUCAAGACCACGUGGGACUGGGUCAUCCUCAUCCUCACCUUCUACACAGCCAUCAUGGUGCCCUACAACGUCUCCUUCAAGACCAAGCAGAACAACAUCGUGUGGCUGGUGCUGGACAGCGUGGUGGACGUCAUCUUCCUGGUGGACAUCGUCCUCAACUUCCACACCACCUUCGUGGGACCCGGCGGGGAGGUCAUCUCCGACCCCAAGCUCAUCCGCAUGAACUACCUGAAGACGUGGUUUGUCAUCGACCUGCUGUCCUGCCUGCCCUAUGACAUCAUCAACGCCUUCGAGAACGUCGAUGAGGGCAUCAGCAGUCUGUUCAGCUCUCUGAAGGUCGUCCGUCUGCUGCGUCUGGGCCGCGUGGCCAGGAAACUGGAUCACUACCUGGAGUACGGUGCUGCCGUUCUGGUGCUGCUGGUCUGCGUGUUUGGCCUGGUGGCUCACUGGCUCGCCUGCAUCUGGUACAGCAUCGGAGACUACGAGGUCAUCGACGAGGCCACCAACACCAUUAAAAUGGACAGCUGGCUCUACCAGCUGGCCAACAGCAUCGGCUCGCCGUACCGCUACAACGCCAGCGGCUCGGGUCAGUGGGAGGGCGGACCCGGCAAGGACUCGCUCUACAUCACGUCGCUGUACUUCACCAUGACCAGCCUGACCACCAUCGGCUUCGGCAACAUCGCCCCGACCACGGACGGCGAGAAGAUCUUCUCCGUGGCCAUGAUGAUGGUGGGAUCUCUCCUCUACGCCACCAUCUUUGGAAAUGUGACCACCAUCUUCCAGCAGAUGUACGCGAACACCAACCGCUACCACGAGAUGCUCAACAACGUGCGGGACUUCCUGAAACUCUACCAGGUUCCUAAAGGCCUGAGCGAGCGGGUGAUGGACUACAUCGUCUCCACCUGGUCCAUGUCCAAAGGCAUCGACACGGAGAAGGUUUUAUCCAUUUGUCCUAAGGACAUGAGAGCCGACAUCUGUGUCCACCUCAACAGGAAGGUCUUCAACGAGCACCCUGCGUUCCGUUUAGCGAGCGACGGCUGCCUGCGCUCGCUGGCCGUGGAGUUCCAGACCAUCCACUGCGCUCCGGGAGACCUGAUCUUCCACGCCGGCGAGAGCGUGGACACGCUGUGCUUCGUGGUGUCCGGGUCACUGGAGGUCAUCCAGGACGACGAGGUCAUCGCCAUCUUAGGUAAAGGCGACGUGUUCGGUGACGUCUUCUGGAAGGAGACCACGCUCGCGCACGCGUGCGCUAACGUCCGAGCGCUGACCUACUGCGACCUCCACGUCAUCAAGAGAGAAGCUCUGCUCAAGGUCCUGGAGUUUUACACGGCGUUCGCCAACUCCUUCUCACGCAACCUCAUCCUCACCUGCAACCUGCGCAAGCGCAUAAUUUUCCGCAAGAUCAGUGAGGUGAAGAAGGAGGAGGAGGAGCGGCAGCGCGCCAAGAACGAGGUGCAGCUCACCAUUCCGCAGGACCACCCGGUGCGCAAGCUCUUCCAGAAGUUCAAGCAGCAGAAGGAGCUCCGCAGCCAGGGGGCGCCGUCCGGCGCUCAGCUGGACCUGGAGAAGAACCAGCUGCAGGUGGAGCAGCAGCAGCAGCAGCAGCAGCAGCAGCAGCUGCACCCGCGCAGCCUCCAGCUCAGUCACUCCAGCCUGCAGCACUCGCUGCCACUCAGCCUGCAGAGGGCGCACUGCUCGUCCCUGCAGAACGGAGCUCCGCCCUGCGGCAGCAGCGUGCUCACCGUGUCUCAGGUCACGCCCAUGCAGAGCUCGCUGGCGUACGGUCACGCCUCCUCCGCCGCCGCCGUCGAGCCCGCGGCCAAACAGAACAACUGUGACAUCAUGGAGCUGCAGCCCAGCUGUGCGGGCGAGCACGCCCCGCGGCUGAAGGUCAGCAGCAGCCCCGCCCUCGCCAGGCCGGCCGCCAGAGCCAGCGCCUGGAUGCGCCUGAAGAACAACAUGGCCCCCGUGGAGGCCAGGAAGGAGGGGCUCAACAACAGCGUGAAGGCCGUUUCCGUGGAGAUGCUCUCACAGGAGGGCAGAGGUCAGGAGGCGAGGGGGGGCGGGGACGUGGAGGAGGGCGUGGCGUCGAGCAGCAACCCGCUCCGGAAGACGGACUCGUGCGACAGCGGCAUCACCAAGAGCGAGCUGCGCAUCGACCGCGCGGGCGAGGCGCGCACGCCGGCCGCCGUCACGCCACUGCUCCACAGUCCCCUCCCCUCCGGAGGGGCGGGGUCCCCUCACCCGUUCUGCCCCAUCCCGGAGCAGGCCCUGCAGGCGGCGCUGCACGAGACGCGGCUGGAGCUGAGGGGCGACAUCCAGACCCUGGGAGGACGACUGGGGGCGCUGGAGAGUCAGGUGGCAGAAAUCAUCAAACUGCUGUCGGAGAAGAGGACGCCGUCCACGGGGCCGGCGUCCAACACCUCCACCGCCGCCGCCGUCGCCGUCGCCACCACGCCCAAAACCAAAAUCCAACGUCAGGACAUUUUCACCGUGUCCAGGCCGGUGUCUCCAGACUCAGAGAAGGACGAGACGCUCUGAAGACAGCUGCACCAGCGGACGCUCACGCCGCUGGAGAGACGCAACAAAACUGUCUCCUUUAACAUUUGCACACGGACUCUGGCGUCCCGGGUCCCGUGAGCGUGGACACGCGGCGGAGACGGCGGCGGGUCUUUUCUGAUUGUACAUACCUCUCUAUGCAUGUCCAGCUGGAUUCUGGUCUGCCAAAGAAACGACGUCUGAUCUGAUCUGAUCUGCCUGUAUAUGAUGCAGUUGACUGCAUGCACGUCCUGUUUAAAACUGUACAAACCAAUAUUUUUCAUUGAUAAUUUCCUAUGUGGACAUUCAGGGUUUGCAUAUUAGUAGCACUAUAAACGCUGGAGUGAUGAGGUCGGCGCUUUUUCUGAAGUGUGUUUGUAUGACGAGGCGACGCACGGUUAAAAAAUGUGUUAGAAAAUCUGCUGCAUCAUUUUAAAGGAUAAGUUCACGUCUGUAUCUCACUGUUAGACAAAGAUUUCCAACAGGAAACAGACGUUUGUAAACCACUCACUCUCCCACACCAAAGCCCAGAGAGAAAAUCAGUGAUUUUAGGAGCUGCUGGUCCUCUGCUGCCUCGUGUGGUCACUUUGUGUCACUGAGGUCAAUCUGAGUGAAGAUUCUCAAAUAUCGAAGUGACAAAAUAAGACAUUUGAACUUAGUGAUGGAGGCAGCAGUGUGUGUGUGUGUGUGUGUGUGUGUGUGUGUGUGUGAGAUGUUAAAAUCACUGAUUCUCUCUGUGGGCUUUGGUGUGUGAGAGAGUGUUAACAUCUCACUCUUCAGUGUUGACUGUGUGUCAGUGACUCGUACACAACAUUCCAGAAGCCCCCAAACUUUUCUUUUAAAUAACAGUAAAGAGUUUACAGGUAGAGGAAAUAUGCAUGGAUUAUUUAGAGUAUAGAGGAAUGGAUUAAGGUUUAUUUUUGUUUUUGUUUCUUGCCUGUGAGAUGAACUUUCCCUGCUCUCCCUCUCUCUCUCUCUUCGUUGUCCUUGAAGUAACAACAUGAAGUUAUUUUGAGGUCGAACCUUUCUUUAUUUUAUCAGUUGUUCCGAUUUAUUUUUUGCUUCUUUGUAAUAAUUUGAUCUACUUUUAAACAGUUGUUUUGGUUUGAAUCCUCCUCCUCGUGUCUAUGCAUAAUCUGGAUGUUAGACCUUUGUUUUUUAAUCACGUCGCUGAAUUGUUUAUGUUCCUCUGCAUGAAUCAGGGAUGUGACGGGAAGCACUUUGGGUCAAAGGUCACACACACACACACACACACACACACAAGCUCCAGUAAUAAUUAUAUUGAUGAUGUUUGUUUGUUUGUUUGUUUGUUUGUUUGUUUGUUUUGAAACGUGCAUGCAAAGGAGCAGUUUUAUGCUCCAGUGUGUGUCAGACUGCGACUCUGGAUGUGAAACCCUGACGUUUGUUCAGAUUCUGGUCCUCGUCCUCGUCCUCGUCCAGCUGCUGCACUAGUCCCUCACUACACACAGACACACACACACACACACACACACACACACACACACACACACAGACACACACACACAGAAUUAAGCCUGAUUUAUUCUCUGUCGCUCGACUAAAACAAAUCUUUGAGACCGUUUUAUUUGUCCCAAAGUGGACACAUUCACUUCCACAUUUUCUGAAAAUCACUUCAUCAGUUUGAGUGUUUUUUAUUUUUCAAUCAUUUGAAGAAAUAUGUGGAUUUUUUUUCAUAAAAACCACGGAAAUAAAAGUGGAUCUAAAGUGGGAUUAAAUGAAGAAGAAAGAAAAUCA